AUGGACCCCUACUCCGCCGAAGGCGAACUCAUCAACAUCCACAACCACUUCCACCAGGGCCAGUACCAGGAAGUGGUCGACUUCGACGUCGGCUCGCUGUCGGCCGAGAACGCGCUGCCGGCGCGGGUGCUGCAGCUGCGGGCGCGCGUGGCUCUGGGCCAGGCCGCCGACGUCCUCGCCGACGUCAAGGGCGCCGCCGAGCCCGAGCUGCAGGCCGUCGGCGCCCUGGCCGAGCUCGCCCUGGGCAACGCCGACGCCGCCGUCGCCGCCGUCGAGGCCCUCGCCCCCGACAACGCGACCGUCCAGGUCCUGGGCGGCACCGUGCUGCAGGCGGCGGGCAAGACCGAGGAGGCGCUCGCGCUGUUGGGGCAGCAUCAGGGGAGCUUGGACGCCGUUGCGCUUAUUGUGCAGAUUCACCUGCAGCAGAACAGGAAUGAUCUCGCCGUCAAGGAGGUCGCUGCCGCCCGGCGGUGGGCGCAGGAUAGCCUGCUGGUGAACCUGGCCGAGUCGUGGGUUGGCUUGAGGCUGGGCGGUGAGAAAUACCAACAAGCGUUUUACGUUUUCGAGGAGCUGGCACAGGCGCCCGCGACGUCAUCAGUACGGACCUUGGUUUCACAGGCCGUCGCCGAACUGCACCUCGGCCGCGCGGAGGAGGCGCAGGCUGCGCUGGAUCAGGCGCUGAAGAAGGAGCCCGACCACGCCGAGGCCAUUGCCAACCUGUUGGUUCUGACCGUAAUCACUGGGAAAAGCGCCGAGGAAUUGACGAGUUCUCUCCAAAAGGCCGAUGCUGAGCACCCGCUCUUGGUGGACUUGGCGGAAAAGAGCGAGUUGUUUGAUAAAGCCGCUACAAAGUACAAGGCCAAGGUGGCGGCAUAG